AUGACAUGGCUGAACUCAAGACUCAUACCCUACAUAUCCGAAAAGAAAGUACUUCCAGAUACUCAAGUUGCAACUCAAAAAGAUGUACAGACACGAGAUCUAAUGAGUUAUCUGUCAAGCAUCAAAUGCUGGAGUAACCAGAAUAAAACUCAAAUUUACGCAAUAAAGCGCGAUCAAAUAAAGGGGUUUGACUAUCUUGCACCAGAGGGUUUCUAUGAUAUCAUCGAAGCUAUUGGUUUACCAGAUUCUAUUGCAAAAUUGGAUCAAGCGGCUCAAAAGGAUAACAACUGUAUCAUUCGAACUGCUCAUGGGCUGACAAAACCCAUAAUCAUCAACGGCGUAACAAAGCAAGGCGGUCCUUUAUCUCCACUCAAGUCAACACUCACAACAAGUAUGGGACAUCAUUACCUCAAUGAUUUACUCCUUCAAGAUCCUGAUGCAUUGAUAAUAUCAAGUACAAACCAAAGAAAGGAUGAUCCACAUCUCUCAGAUGACAAUUUAGUUGCAAGAAUCGGAAUGACUGAGGCGACAGAUGACUCAUACAUAUUUCCAAGGACCCUUCAAUCACUUCAGAAGAAUAUGUUACACAUGGAACAGUUCCAGUAUGCAUAUGGUUGGCUCACUCAAUGGUCAAAAGCGAAGGCAUAUGUCCUGAAUGGGGCAGGCCCGCAACCAGAAAAAGUCACCUUCGAAUCAAUUUCGACGACGAGUUUACUUCAAACAACAUUCCAUCAAAUACCGUUGAUCCAAGAUGAACUAGAAUUUCUUCAGGUCAAAGUUGACGAUGCAGAAGCGCGAUUUGAGCAACUGAAAGAUAUCAUUGAGGAGUACCACUUCCCAAGACUCGGAAACCGACCACCAAUAACUCUGCUCAACAAGAUCAUUUCACAAAAUAUCAUUUCGCGAUGCAGGGCUCUUCUCUCCUUACAGCCAAUCAAGCAAACAGAUGCAGAUAUACUAGAUAAAAAGAUAAAUCGUCUGGUUCACGAUCAAUUGGGUUUCCCUUUCAUGCCGAGCCCAACAAUACUAAUGCUUCCCAUCAGGAACAAUGGACUAGGAUUCCCAUCCAUCGCUCGAAUUAAUGCAGGCCUAGCAACUGAUAGAAUACGACGGGACCUAAAUCAUCAUAUCAAAUCAUAUAGGGACAUGGCCAGAAUUAUGAUGGCAGACUGGACAUGCUCUCUAAAUCACUGUGUUUAUCCUAUCUCUGGCACUGGUCUACUAACUCAAACACAUUCCUCUAGAUUUAAAAAGAUUCCGUCAUCAUGGAUAAUUGCCCAGAGGGUAAUGUCUGAGCACAGAGAGAAAUUGUCGCUUCCCCGAACAGACAGGACCGAAGUAUUGACGGGUGAUGUGUCCUUGUCUCACUACAUCUCAAUUUUCAAUCAUCAUAAUCAAACAAUACAGGAGAAAAUUGAUGGUAAUGUCAUGAAAUCACUGAGAGUUAGAGGAAUUACUCUGCUUCGUCAUGUUGGAAUGUGGAAGACAAAUCGGCCCAAGGGAAAACCUUCAAUAGAGUUAAAAGAAACCAUAAAUCUUGCAGGAUGGACAGCAGCUGGCAAGCAAAACCUCUCACGAAUGCAAAUUAUGCUAAGCUCCUUUGAAUUUCACUGGUUGGACAUACAAUCUAUAAAUCUGACAACUGAGCAAGAGCAGCGACAGGUAGCCGCUGAACAUCAAGUAUGCCAGAUUGCACUACUAUCCGGUCUCCAGCCAUCACCUCACAUCCAAACGGAACAACAAAUUUGGGCCUCAGAUGGAUCAAUGGUACCAGCAUCAGCAGGUCUACUCGACAAACGUUCAGUGACAACAUCAGUGACGGGCCCUACAACGCUUGUUGCCCAAGUUUCCAGGAUAAGCGCAUUCAUCACUCACGGUGAAUUGGCAGGGAUCACAGUGACACGCCUAAAUUUUGGCUAG